CGCCCUGUUGGCCGUGCCUGACUCCCCGUGGCAGAGUCCAAGAUGGCGGUCUCCAUGCAGCGGGGAUGUCUGGUUGGGGGGAACGUACUUUGGGCCGCGUUGCUUUGCCUGGGCUGCCGCCUGCUGCUCCCCGCCGGGGCCAGCAGCCUGGGGGUCGCGGGAGGGGCCGCUGCCCAGCCGCACCGCCGCUUCGAGUACAAGUACAGCUUCAAGGGGCCGCACCUGGUGCAGGGGGACGGGUCGGUGCCGUUCUGGGUCCACACGGGCAAUGCCAUACCUAGUGCAGAUCAGAUUCGAAUAACUCCAUCUUUAAAAAGCCAGAGAGGAUCAGUGUGGACAAAAACCAAGUCUAUAUUUGAAUACUGGGAGGUUGAGGUGACAUUUCGAGUGACAGGGAGAGGCCGGAUUGGAGCUGAUGGACUAGCAAUCUGGUUUACUGAAGGUCAAGGCUUAGAAGGUCCGGUUUUUGGGGCAGCUGAUACUUGGAAUGGUGUUGGCAUUUUCUUUGACUCUUUUGACAAUGAUGGAAAGAAAAACAAUCCAUCAAUAAUUGUUGUAGGCAACAAUGGAAAACUCCUUUAUGACCAUCAGAAUGAUGGUUCCACACAAGCACUGGCAUCUUGUCAGAGAGAUUUUCGUAACAAGCCCUAUCCUGUCCGAGCAAAGAUUACAUAUUACCAAAAAACACUAACUGUAAUGAUUAACAAUGGCUUUACUCCAGAUAAAGAAGACUAUGAAUUUUGUGGUAAAGUGGAAAAUAUGGUACUACCAUCGCAAGGGUACUUUGGAAUAUCCGCAGCAACAGGGGGACUUGCAGAUGACCACGAUGUACUGUCUUUCCUAACUUUCCAGUUGACUGAGCCUGGGAAAGAAGCACCUAUUCCAGAUGCAGAAAUUCCCGAGACGGAUAAAGAGAAAUAUCAAGAAGAGUUUGAGCAUUUUCAACAAGAACUGGAUAAAAAGAAGGAAGAAUUUCAGAAGGAUCAUCCUGACAUGCAAGGGCAGCCAGCGGAUGAUUUCUAUGAAACUGUAAGUGAUCGUGAAUUGAGACAAAUCUUUGAAGGGCAGAAUCGAAUUCAUCUUGAAAUCAAGCAACUUAAUAGGCAGUUGGACAUGAUUCUCGAUGAGCAGAGGAGGUACGUCUCUGCAAUAACAGAAGAGAUUACCAAAAGAGGAGCUGGUAUUCCAGGCCAACAAGGACAGGUCUCCCAACAAGAGCUUGACACUAUUGUGAAAACUCAAGAGGAGGUCCUCAGACAAGUGAAUGAAAUGAGAAAUUCCAUGGGUGACACUCUGAGGUUGGUCAGUGGAGUUCAGCAUCCUGGCUCUGCAGGAGGACUCUAUGAAACAACUCAGCACUUCAAUGACAUCAAAGAGCAUCUUCAUAUAGUAAAGAGGGACAUCGAGCAUUUAGUACAGCGAAAUAUGCCAUCAAAUGAGAAACCAAAGUGUCCAGAAUUACCACCGUUUCCAUCAUGCCUAUCUACAACUCACUUCUUCAUUUUUGUAGCGGUUCAAACAGUGUUAUUCAUCGGUUAUAUCAUGUAUAGGAGUCAGCAAGAAGCAGCAGCUAAAAAGUUCUUUUGAUGAUCUGUUCCUUUUGUGUGUAUAUGCCUGCAUGCAGUAUGUAUGCACAGAAUAUUACACAAGUCUGUAAAUGAGGGAAAUUCUAGUGUUUAAAAUGCUUCAAUAUUGUAAAUUAUUGAAUUUUUGCUAAACAAAAUAAGUUCUUGUUUAAAACAUUAAUACUGUGGUUUAAAAACAGCCCAUAGAGCAAUGGAGCAAGUACAAAGGAAAUCUGUGGAUCUUUUUUACUUUUAAACGUUUCUGGUACAUACUGGGACUUGACCAUGGUAUUCCUAUUGUUUUAUCAGUAAGUUUCCAAGGUAGGAGAAUUGGGGCAUAGAGGUCCAGUCGCUAUUGCUGAGUAUUUCAUGUCCAGUGAUUUGUGCAGAAAAAUAUAUUUAAGCAUCCUGACAUACGAGAUUUCUUUUAAAUAAAAUUGCAUUCCUCUAAUUUGGGAAAAAAGCAUCGUUAUAAAUAUUUUAUUUGUCAUUUGGAUUUCAGUUUGGCAAUGAUUUAGUGGCUUGUAGAUCUAAAUUUCACAAGAGUUUGUAGAAAUAACUUGGUAAUUUGUGGACCCUGAAAGACAAAGGCCUUUAAUAACAGUCUGACUAGUAGCUGCUGGAGUGUAGAACAAAGGCUCUCUAUGCAGAACAAGCAAACAAAGCCUUGUCUCUUAUGAGACAAUGGGAGAAAACAAUACAUUCUAAUAGAGUAGAGGUCCUUUAAGCAGUUGUGUGGGGAUUGUUAGGGUUAUAGUAGUUUCAUGACUGACCGUAACUUUGUAAAGUAAUUAAUGGAACCUCUCCGACAAAGAGUUAAUAUUGCUGAUAUUUCUUAAACUCCAAUUGAAAUAAGAGCAUAUUUAGAUUGACAAAUGCUUUUAUUUUUAUAAGCUGUUUCAUGAAUCUAAUAGAAAUAUCACAGUGGAGACGCUGGUUAAUAUUUUACAUAGUAAGUGUUGAAAACUAGAAGUUCUAUGUACACGUUUCCUACUUCCUCACAAGCCGUUGCCUCAGACGUGUUUUGCUGUUAGUCCAGCAAUUCUUACUGAACCAGUAUUGUGUAAGUUAACUAAGUGUUCAGUCUGAUGGAUUUGAAGAUUGUUUAACAUUGCUUAUCAUGUGAACAUUUGCUUCAGGGACAAAAUGGAACAGAUGCUCAAAUUAGUAAUAAGAAAAGGAUUCACUCUACUUUGUUUACAUAUCCAUAGUAAUCUGUUCUUGAGUAGCUCUCCUACAGAGUUAAAGUAUUUCUAAGUUUCUGCAAGGCACAUGAUGAAAACUGGACAUUGGGACUGUUAAUUUUUGAUUACAGAAUGUGUUUGUCUCAAUACCUGCAGAAAUUGUCUAGAACUUAAUGUAUGUAACUUUGACUCCUUUGGAGGAGGCAACACAUGCUGUCAAGUUCAGUGUCACGAAAAACUAUUUGUUAGAAUUGUGCCUGAGAAUUUGGGGAAAUAAAAAAUUCUAUGCAAUAUAUUUUUGUUACUUUAAAAAUUAAACUAUCAUAUAAAUGUGGAUGUCUAUGCUAUACCAAUAAAGUGUGAUUAGAUCCAUUCCACACCUAUUUGUAUAGCUAAAGUAUGUGAUACACUAUAAAUGGUAUAGUUUAAUAAAUUUACUUAAAUUAUGGGAAGGCUUUGUUUACUGUACCGAUAGGAGAAACUACUGCCCCAAACUGAUCUACAUAGAUAAAGACAAGUCAAUGGCAGAACCCUUGCUAUAGCUUAGAGUAACACAAGGCAGCAAUUAAUCUGCUCUCUUCUCUCACACCAGUAAGUAUUUACAGAUGCCUUGGACUAAACUAAAUUAAUGAAGAAAAUGCCAGUGUUUUAUCAGAUUGUUGUAUUGUAGUUCAUUAUCUUUCUAACAAUGCACAGUAUUAUUUCUUUCAUCUCUGGCGCUGGAACAUGGUCAAACAAACACAACCUCCACUUUCAUGAUAGAUAAAUAGUUCAUAUGUUCUGCUGAAGGAAUAGAUCUCAUAUGAUCCUACUUUCCAGAAUACAUUUGGUAAAGUGAUGUACAGUUCUUAAAGAUAUCUUCCAAUUAAUACAUUCUUGUUUCUCCAUUUUGUGAAUCUCUCCAACUAUGACUUAUUCAAUUUGAAAAUUAAAAUGUUGAAGCAACCAGUGGUAUUGUAUCUUGUGUUGGGAAGAGGAAAAUACUGGGGGCAACUUGUGCAGUUUCUGAAUUCGCUCACUAUCUAAAAUUGUAUGUACACUAUCAUGUUAAAUUAAAAUGCAUUUAUGCUGCGGAUGGACCUGAUCCCACGGGAAACAGUAGCAGUUUGCCAUUGACUUCUGUGGAAACAGAAGGCCGAAAAUGUGUAACUUUUAAAAGGUGAUCGCAUGUAAUUCUACAAUGAAACAAUAAUUCAUGGGUUAUCCUUGCUACUUGCUGGAGGGGUGGAAAGUAUAAAACAUCUUGGUAAUUACUUGACUUUACUCUCGUUCCUACCAUGACUUUAAACUGGCUUUUUCGUCAGACUAUCUUGUUAGCUAAAAUACUGUUUCAUUAGUGCCACUGAUUGUGGCAAUGUUGUGUGCAAACACACUUGCUUUUUUCAAACAGAAAUUGAGUCUUAGAGAGAUGAAAAAACUUGGAAUCUAAUUUUAACAGUUUGAGGGGCAAAUUAGCCUGGUCUGAGUCUUAAAAUUGAGCGUAGCAUGAUAAAUGGCACAUGGAAAUGGAGAGAGAAUCUCAACACAAGUCAUCUGAGCCCUUUAAGCAAAAUGCAAAAUCACUGUUACUUAAAUUGACUGUUUCCUGUUUGAGAGACUUUGACUUGUAUUGAUGUAUCAAUUAAUGUAACACUGAAAAGGUUGUCCAUCUGUUGUUUUGGAAGUAAAGAACAUAACCUUAUUUGAAUAAAGAUACAUAUUUUAGUAAA